AUGGGAAGUUGUAGAAUGGGCUCGAGGGCAUACAUGCCUUUCGUUCUCGUCGUCGCAUUCUCAGUUGCUCUAAUUGGUCAAUCUACUGCCCGGCUUCUCACCGAAGAUCUUCCGCUGCCCGACGCAUGCGCUCUCCUGCCCGAGCACUCCGCCCUGUGCUCUGCAGAAGUCAGCGCCGCGCGACGCUCACUGCGCACGGAUUCCGCUCCACCAGCUGCUCGCGAAAUGCAGCGGGCGCUCAUUCGGCGCGCAAUGGAGCGCGCGCAGGCGACGAUGGAUCACGUGGUGCAGCUGAAGGCUGAAAACGCGGACGAACGACUGCUCACGGACGCGGCAGCGAUUGACUGCAUUCACCAGAUAUCCAUGGCGCUCGACAACCUCGAGGAUUCUCUGAGUGCCGUCACCUCCGCAAUCAACGGUUCCAAUUCCAGGCGUUUCAACGGCCGCCCGAUGUUUCCGGCCGACCUAACGGCUUCCGUUGACGAUCUGCCGUACCUGCUGACGUCAGCUCGGGCCAACAUCGACGGCUGCGUGGAGGGCCUACAGGAAUUCGCGCCAAAUGCGCUGGACACGGAGCCGGGAGUGCGGCUCCAGGGGGAGGUCACGCUCAUUUCAGUCACAGUCACCGCAGCCCACGCGUUUGCCCCAUCCGCAAGCGAUGACCUUUUUGGGGACGACGAGCUUUCCGCCUCUGCAGGCGGCAAUUUUUCCGCCGAUAAUUCCGCCGACUACUCCGCGAAAACUACCGCAGAUGCUUACGAGUACGAUUACGCCUCACCCCCUCGCCGCCGGAUGACGACGGAAACGGGUCAAUCGGGCGACGACGGCGCGCCUGAGUGGGUAACCCUGGGUAUUUUCGAGCACCUGAAGAGGAUUCAGGCGGCGCACAUGGGGGGGGAGAACGGGGGUGGCGCGCGGAGACUUCUCGGCGUGGAUGGCGCGGGGGUGGAUUAUUCUUAUGGCGGGGAUGCGGGUGAUUCUUACGAAGUUGGUAACCCGCUUCGGAGGGCGCUUCAAACUUCGGGUUCGGGUUCAGGUUCGGUCUCCAGCAGCGUCGGCAAGAAGAGCCAGGGCGGGCAUCACGGCGGGAAAGGCGGGCAUCACGGCGGGAAGGGCGGAAAUAACGGCGGGAAGGGCGGAAAUAACGGCGGGAAGAACGGCGGGAAGAAUGGCGGAAAGAACGGCGGAAAUACCGGAGGGAAACCCGGCGGGAAACCGGGCGCCAACAAGGGCAUGCUGACAGCGCUGGGAAUAACCGUCCGAAACACGGCGGGGCCGGCCGGCGAGCAGGCAGUGGCGCUGCGAUCUAAGGACCUCUCGGCUUUCUUCGAGUGCGAGUUCGACGGCGCCCAGGACACUCUCUACCCGCACAGCGGCCGGCAGUAUUUCCGCGACUGCAAAGUGGGCGGCACGGUCGACUUCAUCUUCGGGAAAUCCGCGGCUGUUUUUGACCGCCCGCAAAUCAGGCUUCAUCCGGACGAUCCGGUGAUUAUCACCGCGCCGCAGAAUGCGGUGAUCUCUUCGGACGCGGGUGUGGGGAAGGCGUACCUGGGAAGGCCGUGGACCAACACGGGGACAUCCAUUUUCAUCCUAAGGGGAUUAUUAUCCGAAAUGCGGUGA